GCCGCUGCUGAAGUCUAUGUGAAAUGAUUAACGAGCUGUAAAAAUAACCGACUAAUCAGAUAAAAGUGCAUUGCUUUUGCAAAAAAAUAUAUAUAUGUACAAUUUAUAUAUAUGUGUGUAUAUAUAUUUGCCGUUUCAUAUGGCAAAAUCAUCAUCAGUGUUGUUUUGUCAAAUGGGCGCUCAGUGUUGGAAAACGCGGCCAGCCGAUAAUCGUGUUUUGUUUUGUGCAUAUAACUGGUUCUAAUUGAGGAAAAUAACCAAAAAUUUGCUCUGUAUUAAAUUAUUCCAAACUAGUUAACCUUAUAUUUUGACAAACCGCGUUAAAAGCAAAUAACUAUUGCCACAUGCGAUACUCGGCAGCGAGCGCUUCGGGCGUUGCCCAACACCGUCGACCGUCUGCUGUUUCAGCACGUAAAAGCAGAAAAAUGUAAACAUAAUGCCCGCAAAAGUAUAUAAAUAAUGAAUUGUAAAAAAAACGCAAACAGAUUUCUUUAAUAUUUAACCAACCGAAAACUUGUUAACUUAUAAUCAACCUAGAAAUUAGACGAGCGAUCAAGACAAGAAGGAUCCAAAGGAUCCAUGAGUAACCAACAACAAACAAGAAGAAGAAGAAGCCAUUAACACACACACACAAUGGCCGCCGAGAAGGAGAUGCAGGCCCACGACAUGGUCCGCCGUCGGAGCUGGGCCCGUGCGGUGGCCCUCUACGACCAGCUGAUAACCACGCCCGCUUCCAGUGGUGGAACAACGCGGGCACAGAAGGAUCAACAGAUUGCCUGCCUGCUGGGCCGUUGCGAGUGCCUCCUGGAGCUGGGCAAAUUCGAGGGUUGCCUGGCGGAUGCUUACAAGGUGCUCACAUUGCUCUCCGAGCAAACCGAGUGCCUGGCCAGCGUUUCCAGGGCGCGACGAUGGCUUGUCCACGCCCUCUUCAAGAUGCACAAGUAUGGGGAUGCUGAGAUCUUUCUGAGCAAGUGGAUCAAUGAGCUGAGCGGCCAGCAGAUAUACUCGGACAUAUCCAAGACCCUCGAACGCUACAAGUCCAUCAUACAGAUGAUCAUGAAUGGCCAGCACAAGGCACAGGCCCAAAAGAUUCCGCAUGCCCGUCUCGAGGACGAGAUGGCCAUUUUGGACACCAAACUGGAUCAUUGGGCCACCAACAAUCUGCCUUUGGACAAGUACAGCAAAUUGCUUAGCAAUAAGGGUCUGAAGAAGCGGGAACAGCAGCAGCAGCAACAGCAGCAGCAGCAACAACAGCAGCAACAGCAGCAGAAUGGCAAUGGAACCGGCAGUUAUGCCAGCAGCAGCAGUAAUUCCAGCACUGGCAGCAGCAGCACCAUGUCCAGCUCCAGCACCAGCCUCCACAAGACCAACGAUCUGCUGGCAGCCAUGAAACUAACAGCCGGCAAGCAUCAAACAGGCUCCGGCGAUGGCUCCAGCUCGGAUGGAGGCGACCAGGCGGCGCCAUCAACCACCUGUAGUUACUGCGCCAUCACCUUCCAGACGAGAAACGAGCUGCGCCAGCACUGCCAGACCGAGGCUCAUCAGAAGGUGAUCAUGAGUGAUGAGGGACGCGACUGGAAGUGGCGACCGCCGCCCCGAGGCUACACCCUGGACACCUAUUCCCUGUGCGAGACAUUCAGCGAGGCGCACACCUGCCAUUACGGCGCCCAGUGUGUGGAGGCUCAUGGCCAGGACGAGCUCAACGAGUGGAAGGAGCGCUUCGAGUAUCGUAGGAUGCGGGUGCAAAAGGCCUGCGAAAAGGAGCUGUAUGGCAAGUCGUACACGGAACAGGUCCUGGAACGUUGGAUCCAGGCCACGGCACCGGAACGAGUGAUGUGCGAGCGGGUGCCGGAUAUGGAGGCGCGAUGCGAGCAGCAGCUGGUCACCAGCAUAAGUUCGAAGACCUCCAAGAGGGAGUGGCUUUUCCAGUUGGAAACUAAGAAACCCCUGAAAGCAGUGGCUUUGCUCCAAGAUGCCCAUCGGAAUCACUUUGCCUUGAAGUCCAUCAGGAUGAUGAAGCCCAUGGAGACGGUAAUGGAGCUGAAGUCCGAUCAGGAGUGGGUGGCAGGCAGCAGCAGCAGUAGCAGUUCCUCAGAAGCUGGAGGCGAGGAGUCUUCUCCCACGCUGAGCCACGAAAUAACUGUGGAAUUCCAGACGGAAAUCUAUGGAACCUUUCGCCAGGCCAUCUGCUUCGAUGUGGGCCAGGAGCCGCUGCUGGUGCGUCACCUCUGCGUGGAUGUGCUGCCUGUGAAUGAUGCGGAAAAGAUUGAGGAGAUCAAGCGGGACAUAAUCAACAGCUCGGCCACGCGCUGGGAUGUGGCAAAUACCCAGCUCACGCGCUUUGAGACCACCAUAGGCACGCACUUGAAAACAGAGGCCUAUCUCAGCGAUCUGGAGCAUGAAAGGGAGUUGUUGGAACGUUAUCCCUGCCCCCGGGCGGCCACCUUUACGCUGACCCAGUCCACGAUUGUGGAGAAGCGUUUGACGCAGAACAACUAUCGUUCCCGCAUCCACGAGCUGUUGUCCGUGGAGGAGAUAGCCCGCUACGAGCAGAUAGCCAGAUAUAAUGUCCGAACCCGUCUCACGGUGGCCUCCAACUAUAUCCUAACUCCAGCUGGGAUGGCCACCAGCACAGCGAAAUAUUCCCUGGCUGGCGAGCUGUUUGCUUUGAUGCGCCUGGGCAAGGAUAUCUCGGAGGAUACAUCACCCGGCCGCCUGAUCCUGUCCAAUUGCAGCAGUGUUUACAUCUCCAAGCCAGAGGAACCGGACUCCAAACCUAAUCCCGAUCAGCUGCGUCCCGUCUACGAGGCUCUCAUCGAGGACAAAGGCAAGAAUGUGAUUUAUUUGAAGCUGUCGGCCAAGUGCGUGGAGGCCAUGAACCUUCAAGCGGACACGGAACUGGAUGUGGACAUACAAUUCCAGCUGAAUCGAAUGCCCUACUGCGAGUGGCACAAUGCCGUGGACAAGAUCACCGAUUUCCGACUGAUCUUUCCCGCCACCGAGCUGGAGCCGAGCAUACCCUGGACCCCGAAGAAGCAGUGGGCGGAUGCCUGUGAGCCCAAGUUGAAUGCCAAGCAGAGGGAGGCAGUGAAUGCCAUUACCACGGCACUGAGCAUCAAGUUACCUCCCAUCCUGCUGAUAGGACCCUUUGGCACAGGCAAAACCUAUACUCUGGCCCAGGCUAUCAAGCAGUUGUUGGCCCAGCCGGAGGCCAAGAUACUCAUCUGCACGCACUCGAAUUCGGCGGCGGAUUUGUACAUUAAAGAGUACCUGCAUCCUUGGAUCGAGGAGGGUCUGGAGGAGGCCACACCGCUGAGGGUGUACUACCACAAGCGAUGGUCCGCCACGGUGAAUGGGGUGGUCCAAAAAUACUGCAUCACCGAUGGUGCCGGCAACUUCAAGCGACCCAGCGUGGAGGAUAUAAUGAGGCAUAGGAUCGUGGUGGUCACUUUGAGUAUCAGCAUGGAGCUGGCCACUUUGGGUCUCCCGAAAGGACUCUUUACACACAUCUUCCUGGACGAAGCUGCUCAGGCCAUGGAGUGCGAGGCCAUAAUGCCUUUGGCUUUGGCCAAUGAUUCCACGAGGAUUGUGCUGGCCGGAGAUCACAUGCAGAUGAGCCCGGAGCUGUUCUCCGCCUUUGCCAAGGAACGCAAGCUGCAUAUUUCCCUGCUGGAGAGGCUGUACGAUCACUAUCCCUCGAAUUUCCCCUGCAAAAUCCUGCUCUGCGAGAACUACCGCGCCCACGAGGCCAUCAUACGCUUCACUUCCGAGUUAUUUUACGAACAAAAACUGGUGGCCUCGGGCAAGCAGCCGCGGCAUGAGCGGUUUUACCCUUUGACCUUCUUCACCACCCGCGGCGAGGAUGUUCAGGACAAGAACUCCACGGCUUUUUACAACAACGCCGAGGUCUAUGAGGUGGUGGAACGUGUCUCGGAGCUGAGGAAACGCUGGCCCAGUGCCUGGGGCAAGCUGAACGAUACCAGCAUUGGCAUCAUGACGCCCUAUGCGGAUCAGGUAUUCCGCAUUCGCUCGGAGCUGAGGAAACGUCGCAUGGGUGGAAUAUCCGUGGAACGAGUGCUCAAUGUCCAGGGCAAACAGUUCCGAGCGGUCUUCCUCUCCACGGUUCGGACGCGACGCACUUGCAUGCCGCAGGGCAGCGCUCCGGGUGGUGGUGGUGGAUCAACUGCCUCCUCCACGGCCAGCAUUGGGGAUGCCGACACGGACUAUGGUUUCCUGAGCAACUCCAAGCUUCUGAAUACGGCCAUAACACGUGCCCAGAGUCUGGUGGCCGUGGUGGGUGAUCCCGUGGCCCUGUGCUCCAUUGGACGCUGCCGGAAGGUGUGGGAACGCUUCAUUGAGAUCUGCGAUGAGCACAAGUCGCUGUUCGGUCUCACCUGGUCAAAUCUUCGCUCGCAGCUGGAUGGAGUGGAGCUGAAGCGGGGAUAUGUCUUGAAUCCUCUGGCUCCCGAGUUUGUGCCGCGUGCCCUGCAGCCGGAGGCUUACCUGCGCGAGCAGGCUGCUCUCUAUUUGAAUGGACCCCAGCAUGGACAUGGCGGUGUGGGUGGCCAUGGACCGGGUCCUGGUCCGCCGGCACACUUUGCCUCUGCCGGCAUGCUGGGUCCCGGACCGGCGGCUGCCGCCCAUCAGAUGAACCAAAUGGCAGCCGCCAUGGCGGCCAAUCAACAGCUCUCCCACAUGUACUCCACCCACAUGGCGGCCAUGAUGGCUGCUGCAGCGGCCGUGGGCGGAAAGUCUGGUAGUGGUCCUGGGGCUGGAGGUCCCGGAGGACCUGGUGGUCCAGGGCCACCACCCCACUUUGGUGGUGGCGGAGGCGGCGGAGGACACAUGGGAAUGCGUGGACCACCGCCGCCAGCGCCACAUUUACGAGGAAUGCCACCCGGUCCCGGUGGACCGCCGCCCGUUCAACAGCCAGGAGGAGGCGCUGGUGGUGGGGGAGGCGGAGGAGGUGGAGGAGGACCACCGCCACCACCCUAUGGACAAUAUCCGGCCAUGCAGCACUGGCGGCCACCGCCACAGGGUCAGAAUCAAGGCCCGGGACCGGGACCAGGACAACAGCCACCGCAGAAUCCCAAUGCCAGUCUCUGGGGGCCUCCACCGCAAACGAAUCCUUGGAGCGUGUUGCCACCAAACAAGCAGCAGCAGCAGCCCCAGCCGCCACCAGUGAGUGCUCCCGGACGUGGUCCAGGACCCCCACCGCUCAAUGCAAAUCCCUCACUUCCGCUGCGCGGCGGAAGUGUUCCUCCGCCGCCGCCAAAUGCCUCGGCAGCCGCCCAGCAGCUACUGAGGAAUCCCAGCGAACUGGGCUACCUGGCCAAGAAGACGCUGUACAAUCAUGGCCAGGCCCCGCCACACCAUCAGCUUUAUGGACCCGGCCAGCCACCGCCACCAUCUCAGCAGCAGCAGCAGCAGCUGCAGAGGGGCGGCAGUGUGCCCAAUGGACCUAUGUCGCCCAUGGAGAAUGGACCACCGCCGCCGCCUUAUCUGCGGCACAAUGGAAGUGGCUACAAUACGGGAGCCCCACCGCUGCCUCAGCAACAGCAGCCGCCACAGCAGCAGCCACCGCCAAAUCCCUUCAUGUACGGAGCUGGAAAGCAGCCCUCGCCGAGCUCCAUGCGGUUUGGUGGUCCCCUGACCCAUGAGCUACUGCCUCCGAAUGUCAGCAUCUAUGAGAUGGCCUUCAACCCCAAGGAGGAGCAGUACAAGUGGUACCUUAAACUGCUGGAAACGGUGGGCCAGGAGGGAGCCAACAAGUUUGCGGACAUGUUGCGCCAGGUGAUGAACUCCAUGCAGCAGCAGCAGCAACACAAGCCUCCGCCGCCUCAGCAGCAGCAGCAGCAGCAGAUGGUAAACAAUCCCAUGCUGAACAAUCCCCACGUGCAGCGACCGCAGUAUCCCAUGAUGUAUCCGCAGCAGGGCCAGCAGCAGCAGCAACAGCAGCCGCCGCCGCAGCAACAGUCCGUAGAUGCUUCACCGCCGCUGGAGAACUUCAACCAGCAGAUUGAUCUGGUCUUUAAUUCCAUCAUGAAUGGAGCUAACGACAUUGCCCAGCCCAUUCUACGGGAUGUGCUGGGCAUGGUGGCCGGAGCUGGGAAUGCCCCAGGUCCUGGUCCCCCGCCCCUGGCCAAUGGCCUGAAUGCCGCCGAUCUCCAGCAGCAGCAGCAAAGUCGUCUGUUUGCCAUGAUGCAGCAGCAGCAGCAACAGCAGCAGCUGAAGCCACCACCAGGACCGCUCUAUCCGAAUCAUAUGGGACCUGGACCUGGACCUGGUAUCCAUCAGGCUCCGCCCAAUGGCAGUGGCAACACCAACUUUAUGGGCAAUGCUGGCAAUUCUCUGCUCAAUGACAAGCCGUACAAUAACCUGAACAUGCAUAACAACGUUGGCUUGAACAGCGCAGCAAACAUGGGUAUGGGAGGUGCAGGAGGAGGAGUUGGUAACCUCAAUAACAGCAACAACAACAACAACAACAAUGGACUGCUGAUGAAUGGCAACAACUCGGUACCUUUGUACCGCCGUCAAGCUUUGGCUGGGAAUGGAAUCGGAGGUGGCUACAACAUGCCCGGCCUGGAUACAGGCGCCAAUUUGAUAGAAGCCCUCUUCCAGGCCAACAACUCGGUAGUAGUGGAUCAUUCGGUGAAGUCACAGCCUUCGGAUCACAUGCACGGUUUGCUGUACAACAAUUUCAAUGCGAUGAAGGGUGGCGGCGGUGGCCAUGAUAUGGACCUGUUUCAGGCCAUGCCGCCCAGCGUAGUAUCUCACUCGGAGGCAGGCGGCAAUCACCAUCAUCAUCAUCAUCAGCACCAGCAAUCGUCGGGUGGAGGAGGAGGCUCCUCCUCGGCCGCCACCACAUAUGCGGCUGUGCUGAGCCAGGGACACCAGGCUGUGGGUGGAGGCAACAAUGCGGGACCUUCGCCGGGGCAAUCGCAGGGUCAGGGGGGAUCUGUUACAGGUGCCGGCAUCGGUGGGGGCGGCAAGGCCUCGCAGGCAGGUGGCGGCGGAGGUGGCGAUCUCCUAGAGAAGGAUCCGUUUGCGGCCAUAAGGGAACUGGGACAGGCCACCACCGGUUUUUACAAUUAUUUUCAGUGAGAGGCGGCAGCGACAACAUCUCAAGCUGUGGCAUCAAAGGGUCUUAACCUAAAUGCAAACAAAAAAAAAAACAACAAAAAAACCUUAAAAAAAAAUACAAAAACUAAAAAAAAAACAGAAAAUUAACUAGAAAAAAAAAAUGGUAAAAUUCUUAGCUGAACAAACAACAAAAAAAAAAGCGUAAAAAACGUAAAAAAAUACCCCAGACAUUGGGAAAACAGAGGAAAAAGCUAAAAACAAGAAAAAGAACUGCUUCUUAAUUAUAGUUGUGCCCCCCUUUCCCCCCUCCUAUAUCCCUAUUAUCCUUAUUAUUGUUUGCUUUCGUUUAAAUUGCAAAUUAUUUAAUUACGGUAGCCUUAAGUUCAACGUGUGAAUUAUUAUAAUUAAUUAAUAAUAUACAUAAAUACCAAUUUAGUUAAUGUUUAGUAGGGUUACUAAAAAAAAAAAGAAACGUUCUUAUUUGCCCAAAUGCCGCAGCCGCUGGGAUGUGUUGUUGUGCCACCCUGGCCACCUGUUCCGCAUCCUCGCUCCUCCUGCUGCAUCCAAGGGGUUGCUCUAAGCAGCCGCACCACAGCCUCUACACAGACACAAGCAAAACCUUAUCGAUUAGAGACUCUUGAACAACAAAAAAUUACAAAAAAAAAACUAAAAAAAAAAAAACAAAAUUAAAUAAAUAUAAAAAACGCAAAAAAAAAGAGAGAUAAUUAUUGUAAUAACUAUAAAACUGCAGAAUGCAUAAAUUUAGAUUUAGAUAUGUAAGAUAUAUAUAUAUAUAUAUACUUUGAGAAAAAAUUUGUAUUGUACAUUUCUUUCUGUAAUUUUUUUUUAGGCCUUCAGUUUGUUUGUAACUUUUAAUUAUUCUCAAAGUUAUUAAAUUGUAAAACUUUUCAAUUUUGUACAGCAAACGUUGACGACGACUAUAUAUUAUUAACAACAACAAAAAGAUAUAAAAAAAAAUCAUUAAAAACUGAAAUUUUGUCAUGCACUCAAAAAAACAUAAAUUAUUGUCCUUCAGAUAAUAUAUACCUAUUAUAUAUAUAUAUUUAAUUAAUGGCUAUAAGGGAUAUAUGAAACUUUUUGUGUACGAAUUAAACAUAUACUUACACCUACAUAUAUAUAUAUAGAUAUGCAUAUAAAUAAUAACAUUUUGUGCACGAGUUAUAUUUGUUCCUUUUUGCCUGCGAAUCCCCCGCCCCCCCCAUAAAUUGUCUAUGUGAGUGUGUAAAUUAUAUUACGAUUGUUAAAGCCCCUCCCCUGCAUCCUCGCAUCCCCCUUUAAAAAUUAUAAAAAAAAAAUAUACAAAAAAAGAACUCCCAAAACAUUAAAAAAAAAACAAUAAAUAAGAAUCCUUUUUCAAUAAGAGAGUACAUAUAUUUAAUCGAUCUUUGAGUUUUAUCGUAGUAUUUUUGUCUAGCGACUUGGAUAUAGCAUAUAUACAUAUUAACUUUAUAUAUAACUGUAAUAAUUUAACCAUCAAAAAAGAAAGAAAAAACAAAAAACGAAACAAAAAUAACGAAAUUUACAUUUAAUAAAUCGCAAGAAAUUGUACUUUUAAUAAUCCAUCAUCGCCCUCUCCACGCCAAUCCACGUCUCAUAUGUCAUGUUUGUUAAAAAAAAAAGAUCUAGGAAAUAUAUAUACACCAGACACCGACUCUCACUUAGUGUUAAAUUAUAUGUAAAUUUAGACACACAACCAACUAACUAAAAACAAUAAUAAAUACAACAGACACACACA